AUGGAGGGGACUCCCCCCAGCAACACCAACACAAGCAACCACCACCGCCGCUCCCGUCCCCAGAACCUUAACCCCCAUAAGCGCAUCCGCGAAGAGGGCGAGAGCUCUGGUUCCGCCUGCAGCAUCUCCCCUGCGCCCCCCCCCGUCCGCCAGCCCUCCGAGGACGACGGCGGCGGGGAGACUGAGGCAGAGGGCGCGGCCGACGGCUUCGUGAUCCUCCUCGCCGAGCCCGUGCCGUCGAGGCGCGUGCGGGACGCGCACUGCCCGUCGCACGGAUCUGUAUCCCUAGUGGGAAGGCGGAGGAACAUGGAGGACGCAGUGGUCGAGGUGACGGGGUUCGCGGCGGGCGGGUACGGAUACUUCGCGGUGUACGAUGGGCACGGAGGAGCAACAGUAGCGCAGGCGUGCCGAGACAGGCUGCACGUGGCGGUCGCAGAAGAGGUGGGGCGGCGGAGGGCAGCGGGGGAGGGGGAGGGGGUGGACAUGUGGAGGCGGGCGCUGGUAGCGGGGUUCGCGCGGGUGGAUGCGGAGGUGAUGGGGGAGACAAGGCAGCUGCGACAGGGGAUGGUGGGGUCGACAGCGGUGGUGGCGGUGGUGGCGGAGAAGUGGAUAAUAGUGGCCAACUGCGGUGACUCCAGGGCUGUGCUCUCACGUGGCGGAGUGGCCGUGCCCCUCUCCAUCGAUCACAAGCCUGACAGGCCAGAUGAGCGAGGAAGAGUGGAAGCUCUAGGAGGGAGAAUCCUUUGUUGGGACUGUCCUCGUGUCUUAGGAGUACUGGCCACUUCUAGGUCCUUUGGAGACUACCUUCUCAAGCCAUAUGUCAGCUCGGACCCUGAAUUUAUGGUGACUGAUCGAUCGGAGGAAGAUGAGUUCCUCAUUCUGGCAAGCGAUGGAUUAUGGGAUGUAAUAUCAAGUGAGAUGGCAUGCAGAGUGAUAAGAAAAUGCAUGGCGAGUCCAACAGGCAACAAUUAUCCAAGUGGAAUUGCUGGUUCUGCUGCCCGAGACGCAGCUGCUGUGUUGGCCAGGCUUGCAAUUUCUCGAGGCAGCUUUGACAACGUUAGUGUGGUGGUGGUGGAGCUGAGGACUUCCAGGGUGGCUGUGGCCGCUGAAUAAUUGCUCAUCUGCAUUGAUAGAUUCCAAGGUGACCUUUAUAUUUACCCUUAAACUGGUUUCAGGUUACCUGAGAAUGGGGGGGAAUGGAUUCAUGUGAAUGCUGUUCAAGUGUAGCAGUACAAAAGCUUCAGUGUGCA